GAAAGAUAUGGGGAACUUGAAGCCGGUUGCUCGCCGUACAUGAUCCCAGUCCCAGACCUAAUCGUACCUAACGUUACUCUGCAACAACAUACAACCUUAUUGAGAGGAGGCCAACUGUUACUGUCUUGCGCGUUUCUUGCUGGAAAGAAUAUCUGCUGCACUGGUGAAAGGUUAUUCACGUCGUUGCUGCAAAACAGAGACACCGACAGCAUGGUAAUCCGGCCGCCGUUGUUCGUGGCACCUCUGCCACGGGACGAGAACGGCCAACCCAAAAUCAAAAAAGUCCUCAUCGCCAACCGAGGAGAGAUUGCAUGCCGAGUGGUCGCGACGUGCAGGAAGCUGAACAUUCAGUCUGUGGCGAUCUAUGCUGAAGAGGAUUCACUAUCGCGACAUGUCGAAGUUGCCGACGAAGCAGUUUGCGUAGGAAGCAUCCAGCAAGAAAGCGGUAAUCCAUUCCUGAACAUCAAGCUGCUAGUGGAUGUGGCGCUGUCAGUAGGCGCGGACGCUGUGCAUCCGGGAUAUGGCUAUCUCAGCGAAAACGGCGAGUUCGCAGAUGCCGUACGGAACGCCGGAUUGAUCUUCAUCGGGCCCAGCUCCAAAGCCAUGUCAACUCUGGGAGACAAACGAACGUCCAAGGACUACUUGCGCAAGCACGAGCCGAGCGUUCCCCUGAUUCCCGGAUUCACAGGGUCAAGUCAGAACGUGGAAGACCUAGAAGCCGCCGCCGAGGAGAUUGGGUUUCCGGUGAUGCUGAAAGCGUCCGCUGGGGGCGGCGGGCGUGGAAUGCGGAUUGUGCAUGAACGGUCGAAACUCAGAGGCGAACUGCAGAGCGCGCGGUCCGAAGCCGAGAGAUCGUUUGGGUCCAGCGACUGCAUUUUGGAGAAAUAUAUCGAGGCCGGCAAGCAUAUCGAGGUCCAGAUCAUGGGAGACUCGUAUGGAAACGUCUUGUCCCUGUGGGAGCGCGAAUGCUCCGUGCAACGUCGACAUCAGAAGAUCAUUGAGGAAACGCCGUCUCCGUUCCUGGACGCCAAAACUCGCAAGAGUCUGUGUGAGACGGCCGUCAAGAUUGGGAAACUGUUGGGUUACGAAGGAGCCGGCACGGUCGAGUUCGUUGUCGAUGUCAAGGACAGUCGCUUUUACUUUCUAGAAGUCAACACUAGACUACAGGUCGAGCAUCCCAUCACCGAAGAGGUGACGGGCUUGGACGCCGUUUCGCUACAAUUGUACGCCGCGGCAGGAGGUCGGUUUACUGAUUUGCCGGAGCUCAACCAAAUCCCCCAGAAGGGCCACGCCAUUGAAUGUCGGCUCUGUGCUGAAGAUCCGCAGCGUAACUUCAUGCCCGAACACGGCAUGGUACGUCUUUGGAAGCCGUAUGUGGCGGCAUCAUCAGAGGAGGCAAGAGAUAUCCGAUACGAGACAGCCAUGCGGACGGGAACCGAGGUGUCGAUUUAUUUCGAUUCCAUGAUUGCCAAAAUCAUCGUAUGGGCGCCGACUCGCGCCGAGGCCGUCGAGAAAAUGGCCCGCGUCAUGGCCAAUACGGCCUGUGUUGGCGUCAAGACCAACCAGCUGUUUCUGCAGAGUUGUCUCUUGCACCCGGAAUUCCGAAGCAAUCCCGCCUACACCACCUCGUUCAUCCCCAACAACCUUGGAGAGCUGCUCAAACCUCCGUACUCUUUAGGUCCGGGAUUUGACGAGAACUCGGUUCUUUCCGUGGUCACCGCGUCGUUCUUGCGAGACGAGUUUGCGCUGUCCAAUACCAACACCAAAACACCGUUCAGGAAUGUGCGCAAGGCCUUCAAGAACCAGCGCUUUGACCCGGUCAACGUCAGCUCCAGGAUCGUGAAACGGAUCCAGUCACAUGGCAAUGAACAACCGCUCCUGGUCGUCUGGAAACCGUCCUCUGAUAACCAACAAAACAACACAAAGAACAAUAUUGCUGUCAUCCCACUGGAGGAAAAGACCAUCGACCCCAACUCCAGCAAUAGCAAGGACCAAAAGGACAAAUCUCCCGCUCUCGAGGUGUCGGCGCGCUACAACAGCAUCAGCAACAAACUUCGGUCCGGAGUGGUGUCGACUUCGUCCAGCCAUGAAUUAGAAUGGAAACAGCGCGACGUCCUGCCUGAACCAGCAGCCUUGACAUCAAGUCCUUGGUUAGCAACCUCGGCCGAAUUGACAGUCGAUGGCCACAAGAUCGCUGGCUCCUUCAUCACCGAUAAGCCCUCAACCUCGUUCAAGGCGGCCGGUUCAGGCUCAGGCCGCGAGGUCUACUGCCACAUCCCUGCUUUGGGCAACUGGUUCGCAUUCAAGGUAUACGACAUCCUAAGUUUCUGCGAGAGCUUGCGAGACGACGUGGUGGCUGCUAGCUCCACAGAGUCGAAUGCCGUCAAGGCGCCCAUGCCGUGCAAAGUGUUGCAGGUUCUUAAGAAGCCCGGAGACGACGUCAAGGCCGGCGAAAUCGUCAUGGUCGUCGAGAGCAUGAAGAUGGAAAUGAACAUCUCCAUGUCCAUGGACGGCAAGUUUCAGUGCAAGGUGAACAAGGGCGAUUCGGUGGAUGAGGGCAAGGUCCUGUGCUGGGUCGACUAGACGGAUAAGUCGGUCUUGGACAAUAUACACCCCGUAGAGAAGAUGAAGAAAUGUACAUUUCAGUUCUGACAGUCUCAUGCUUGUAGCACCCAAGUAUAUUGCGUUAUGCCCCGUA